AUGUACUUCAACUAUAAGAAAUCAUUUUCUGUUGUUUUGAUGGCUCUUGUUGACCACAAGUAUUGCUUCAGCGCUAUUGACGUCGGGGCGUACGGUUCGAAUAGCGAUGGCGGUAUUUUCAAAGCAUGUCCACUCGGCAAGAAACUCGUGAAUGGAACUCUGGAUAUACCUGAAGACAAGGCACUGCCAGGUACUACAGAACCUAUGCCUCUUGUGAUGAUUGGAGAUGAGGCGUUUCCGCUUCGUACUAAUCUGAUGCGUCCAGUACCGGGACGUGGACUCUCUAAAGAGGACAGGAUUUUCAACUACCGCCUGUCUCGUGCACGUAGAAUUGUCGAAAAUGCUUUCGGCAUCUUGGCAAAUAGGUGGAGGAUGUACCACAGGAAAAUACCACUUGACCCAAACAAUGUUGAUUCGGUAGUCCGGGCCAGCUGUAUCCUGCACAACAUGAUGCAAACCGACAGUCACCCACAAGGAGCACCAGCUUGUCCACCUAUUGAGCAGGGCGGCGACAUAACUGAUGGAAUUUUGAGGGACUUGGAUGACAAUGGAGGUCGUUCAGGUGCUGAUGCAAUGGACAUUAGAGACAGAUUCAAAGAGUACUUUUCGUCUCCUCAAGGUUCCGUCUCGUGGCAGGAUCAAUGCUGCUUUGGGCAUUGUGAGGAGUAG